UAUCCGGAAGAUUUUAAGCGAAGGACCGUUCUUUAAGCAUAUGAACUGCACGGGAAAAUAUACCUUAACAAGCGUGUUCAAUCAUGGUUGAAGACGAAGAACAAAACAAGAUACUGUUGCUAAAAGGUGGCGUUUUUCUGACAACCGUGGCCACAGCUGGCAUGAUCGCCGGUUUCGGUACGACCUUGGCGAUAGCUAAGAAGAAAAGCCCAGAAUGGUUUAACAAGGGCCUGGCAGGCACAACGGCAGUACCGGAGAGUGGGGCAUCACUGGCCCUCCGGGCACUGGGCUGGGGCUCGCUGUAUGCCUGCUGCGGGGUGGGCCUCCUCAGCUUUGCUGUCUGGAAGGCCCUGGGCGUCCAUAGCCUAGCAGAGUUCAAGCAGAAGAUGCAGUCAGUCUUUCCAACGAUCCCCAAAACAGAAACACAAGCCAACAUAAACCCCAUGAACUGGGAGUCUUUCUUCAGAUCAAAGUAACAGAAUGGAUGGAUGCCGCACACUUCCAUAGCUGACUGGACUACCUGGGGAUCAGAUUUCCUCCCUUAAAGUUUCAGUGUUAUUGGAGGUGCAGGGUUGGCAAUUACAUUGUCGUCAUUUCAUCCAGUCAGCCCUCCAGACCUGUGGCAUUUUGUGGUUGGCAGUUUUGGUUUUUUGUUGAGUUUCUUUCUAAUAGACUUUAUGUCCAAGACCUUGCCUUGGGAUACUUUUGAUCAGGUGGACAGGCACAGCACAUCAAGUGCUGGAUGGACACUUUCCUUUAAAAGUAUAUUUGCAUCUGUUUCUGCUCACUGUAGCUAUGAGUUUGAAAAAGUCACAACUGGCUUUAUUUGUUGCAAAGAUUUAAUAUGUUGCUGCGGAAAUAAACAUAUUGAAUUGUA